AUGGCCAAACCCAUCUCAUUUUCGCACAUCCCAAUAGGGCUUACUUAUGGCAUCUCAGCCUCUAAACAAUGCGACGAGUUUGCCUUUCUAAAAUCUGAUGCCAUCAACAAGAAAGGCCAUCCCUCACAUAGCGUGAUAAUCCAACCAUCAGAAUGGGAUCUUCCCUGGCCAUCAUCAUUCCCGGCCGCUCGGCAAUGCAAGUAUUGGAAAGAGAUUCAACUAUCCUGUGAACAAUAUAUGCGAGAGGUCCGAGCGCUCAGCAUUCAGCUGGACAAAAAGGUGCCGGAAGGAUACUGUCGGACGGCUGGCGAGCAGCCGCUGACACCAAAGGAAAGCCUGAUCGUCUCGACUGCGGUCGAUGCCGCGACCUACAUGAUACCAAAUGCCCCCUGUGAGAGAGUCGAAGUUAUAAGCAAAUUGUGGAUCCUUCUUUGGACACACGACGAUGUCGUCGAAUGCUUCCCCGAAGAAGCGUUUACCGUAGUCGACGACAUAACUGAUUCUCUCCUUCGGGUUUGCCGAGGGCUUGAAGACCUGUCGAGGAACGAAAUAUGCCUGAAGUUUAAGUUAACAUCAGACCUGCUUGGUAUACCAGGAGGUUUGACACAAACGGUGCUAGAGACUUUCGCAGAUUUCAUCUUCUUUACUCGUACUCAGCAAAGGAAUGAAUUCAAGGACUUGCGAGACUACCUCGAUUACCGCGCGAUUGAUAUUGCCAUGGACCAUAUCUUAGCAGCGGUAAGAUUCGGCAAUGACCUGGACCUGCGCCAGGAAGAGAUAGAUCCACUUCGUCAUUUUAGUGGCUUGGUCAGUGACCAUAACAUCCUUGUCAAUGAUCUCUUUUCCUUCGACAAGGAGAAGCGGGCGGCUGUGACUCAAGAUGCCCUCCUACUUAACGCCGUCGACUAUUUACAACAGAAUUUAUUGGUGUCAUCCGCUCUCGCCAAGGACCACGCCUUGUGUCUGGUCUUUGACGUCGAGUCUCGGCUCCAGGAUGAACUUCGCCAGAUAUCGCGGAUGAGAACAUUAAGCGAGGCGCAAAUCCAAUAUGUGCGAGCAAUGGUCGAAUGUGCAUCGGGGAAUUUACUUUUCUCCGUCACCUCAGUUCGCUAUGGAAAAGGUGCCAGUGGUCCUGGAUAG